AUGGUACGGCCCGGCCGGAGUUAAAACCCGGGAGGCGGCGCGUCCCGUGGCAGCAGCGGCGGCGACGAGGUGAUGGGGCUACGCGCGGGCGGAGCACUGGGCAGGGCCGGCGCGGCCCGGGGGGCGCCCGAGGGGACCGGGGCCGGCGGCGGCGCUCAGGGCGGCAGCAUCCACUCGGGCUGCAUCACCGCGGUGCACAACGUGCCGCUCAAAGUGCUCAUCCGGCCCCUGCCGUCGGUGCUGGACCCGGUCAAGGUGCAGAGCCUGGUGGACACGAUCCGGGAGGACCCCGACAGCGUGCCCCCCAUCGACGUCCUCUGGAUCAAAGGGGCUCAAGGUGGUGACUACUUCUACUCCUUCGGGGGCUGCCACCGCUACGCAGCCUACAGCCAGCUGCAGCGAGAGACCAUCCCUGCCAAGCUUGUCCAGUCCACGCUGUCGGACCUGAGGGUGUACCUGGGCGCCUCCACGCCAGACUUACAAUAG